AUGUAUGUAGCUGAUAUGGAUGAGGUAAAAUCAGGGGAUGUAUUUUCCUCUAGUUAAUUACAAAACUUUCGUCAGAUAACUGAAUAUUUUUGUUUCUCCGCGCGUAUUAAUUAAAUAUUUUUUCCUUUGUCAGUCAUCUCAUUCUUAUUUCCUGGCUAAUUCUUUUUUUUUUUAAUUGUUACGGAUUUAAACCUGACUGUGUUGUUUAACAUUGCUCAGUUUUUCAGCAAUGGAAAAUUCAAAAUAAUUAUGUGUCUAUCAUCUGCCAAAACUUCAAAGGAGGUCGAACAUAAUACCGAAUAGUCAUCACUAGAUCUCCUUGGGCUGUAAUUCGUUUUUUUGUCCAAUGUUAUAUUUCCUCAAAGAAGAUCUUUGUAAUUGAAAAUAAAUUCAGAUAUAAGCGACAACCCUUUGAUUCUUAAAUAGUAAAAGAAAAUAUUUCGUGUCUUUCGUCAAUGGAGGCACAUUUCCCUUGCAGAGCAGCCAGGUGCAAGAACAAAACACAUCAUAGAAGUGCACUAGGUGAACCAGUAACAGGAAACAUAUGCUUUAAAUCUCAUGUAUGUGUUCUUGGGUUAGAAUUUUUUUUUUUCUGCGAUAGCUUUAUUUUAGACAGAAAACUGCAUCUGCCAGGGAAAUUCGACCAACACAGCUCUGGUCUAGUUUUAAACUAAAUUCCAAUAUGGGGAUCAGCAUGCACAAUAACUGUUCCAUAGCAGAACUCAAGAAUACUUGCCUCGAUCUCGCUGUAUUUCAGCAUCAAAACGUUUCACCACAAUUCAUCGUUUUCAUUUGCGCAAUUAACAUUAUACUGUUAAUAACAUCAGCAAUUGGAAAUACUUCGGUCAUCUUAGCAGUAUGGAAGACUUCUUCGCUUCGCUCUCCUUGGAUGGUUUUUCUCUCUGGACUCGCCACAACUGACUUCGCUGUUGCUGUCUUUGUUCAACCAUCAUUUGAAGCUUUCACUCUGAUGCUGCUUUUUUCAAACUCUGACAUAAAUGAGUGUUAUUUCGAAAUUAUAUUUGGCACUCUUUGCUACACGGUGUGCGCUGCUUCUUUGAUGACCGUUACAGCCAUCAGUGUAGAUAGGUUCUUAGCAAUUCAAUAUCCCUUGAGGUACUCCAGCAUCGUAACUGUUCCACGAGUCAUCUAUAUUACUGGUAUGAUCUGGUUAAUAAGUGGAUUUUUGGCAACCCUCUUACUAUGGGCAGGGAAAAGGGUUUUUCAGAUAGUCAUGACUUGUGGAAUAGCAUUUUGCCUUUCUAUGUGUACAAUUGUGCAUUUCCAAAUUUAUCAAAACGUUCGUCGACAUCAACGACAAAUCCAAGCACAAGUGCAGGCAGUACAAGAUGGGACUGGAUUACAGAUGGCGCGAUUUAAAAAAACAGCUGUCAACGCCUUUCUAGUUCAUUACUUUCUACUUUUCUGCUAUACUCCAGUGUUCAUAUCGAUAUUAUUAGCCAGAAAUCUUGAAAACAGGCCUGGUUUUGAUUCAUGGAAUGAGUUUUAUAGUCCAAUUGUGUGGAAUACAUCAGCAACUAUAGUGUUUAUGAAUUCGGCUUUCAAUCCAUUAAUCUAUUGUUGGCGGCUUCGAGAAAUGAGACUCUCUGUAAAAAGAACCUUAAGGAGGAUGGUAUGCAAGAAUUGA